CUUCAAUUAACUGUCCUUUUUUUUCCUCUUUUUUUUUUCUUUUGAAUCUUUUACUUUCGGCCUAAUCCGAUCCGAGCCGUUUGUUCUAACUACCUACCUAACCUACCUAACAUAAAAACAGAGGUACCUUGUUUGUCCUCGUUUACUAACCAGUACCAAUUACUACGUCAUUUCCUUCAGAUAUGGAGGGGCGGUGGUAUUUCACUCAUUGAUCCUGGUUGAACAUAUUUGGAUCAAUCACAUAUCGCAUCAACUUUGAUAUCAUGGCUCGCAAGAAUAAGAAACGCCAGACUCGGCUCACAUUUGAGCCUACCGUAGCUACGGCCUCGUCCAGUCAAGCUACGCCUAGUCAAGCUACGUCUGCGAAUGUGCGAUAUGCCAAGUCUACGGCUGCGAGCAGCAGUUCAGGAACUACUGCUCGCACAUCCCCGCUGGGACAUACAACUCACUCUUCGGAGGGUCGUUCUAACAAGAGCCAGAGUAAAUUACAAGCUACUGUUGCGAGUUUCAUGCCAAAAUUCCAUGGCUCCAAACGCCUUGUCGUGGACGAUGAUUCCGACUCUGGACCUGACGUCGACAGUGUAGUACACGACCAAAAGAAGGAGGAUAACGUCCCUAUAAGGUCAUCCCAGUCAGUUUCAACUAAGCUUCAAAAUACUGUCCUGGAUGAUGAUAACGAUGAUGACGAUGACGACGAUGACGAGCCAAUUGCUCCCCCUUCUACGCUCAAACGUCGACGUCCUGUUAUCGCCUUAGAUAACGAAGACAGCAGUGAUGACGACGACGAUGAUCAUCCUAUUGUCCCACCUAGCUCGUUGAAACGCCCACGCUCAAGGUUUGUUGAAUUAGAGGAUUCGAGCGACUCGGAUGUUUCGCCAGUGAAAAAGAGGAAGACAUCGGUCUCAACCCCUGGCCGACUUAGGAGACCAAACUCCAACGCUCCGUCUUCACCCACAAAACGUGGCGCACCAAAACAUCAUCGCUCCGAAAAGCAGAAGAAAUUGGAACUGCUUCGUCGCCGAAGAGCCGGCGAAAAGAUUGACAAACUGACGUCUUCAGAAUCAUCUUCUGAGGAUGAUAAGCGUGGAUUGUAUGAUACAGAUUCAGAGGAGGAAUUUGUCGCUUUGAAGGAGUUCGAUGACGAGGAGUCGGAUGAUGAAAAACAGGAAGAAGAGGAAAAGCCCACUAAGCAGCGAUCACGACGAAAGGAAAAGGAAGCAGUGGCGGAGAAAGACCAAGAGGAUCUUGGGGAUCAAGAAGAAGAAGAAGAAGGCGGUGACGACGGCGACGAAAAGGACCUAGAGGAUUUCAUUUCCGAUGACGACGAUGCUCCUCUGGGAGCACCCGUAAAUCUGGAUAUCCCCUUGGAAUUCACAGCUCAAGCGCAUAGGCCUCUAAAAUACCAAUUUCCAUAUGUUAUCGAGUGGCUAGUACACAACCGCAUCAACCCUGCGUUCGAGCGCCACGACCCCGUCUACGCCAAUGCCUGGCGAAAACUAGACGACGAGGUCCGCGCCCUCGCGUCUUCCAAAUUCGCCUCAUCCGCUUGGAAGAUAGAAUUCUACCGUACGCUAAAGGGUAGGCCUAAAAUGGAGGCAUACGAGAUGGAUAGAUCGGAGAGAAGCGGCGGCCUGUAUGAUACUUGCGAUGCUUGCGGUCGAAGCAACCACCCCGCUUCGUUUCGUAUCAUAUUCCAAGGACAUCCGUACUACAAGAGCACACUUGCGGACGUCGAAUCCGAUACCGAAGAUAGCGAAGACGACGACGACGACGACGAUGAAAGCGACGCUGGUUCCGUCGAUACGCAAGGGAUGACGCUUCCGCCCGUAACGCGUGAGUGGCACGUCGGCGUGGUGUGCUGCAGUAACGCGGAAACGGCGCAUAGCUUGAUCCACUGGAAGCAUGCACUGAAGGAAUGGGUUGAGGAGCGGCUCGAGGACGACGGGUGGAUGGCCGCGGCCAAACUUAAGGAGCGGGAGCGCAUGAAGGCGCGGAAACGGCGCGACCUGGCGAAUCGUAUCGUCGACGGCUGGCGCGAGAAGGGCAUCGUCGCGGCGCUGUACAAGGACUUCAAGAAUACGCUGGAGAGCGCGCGUAAUAAGACUACGUCGGGGAGGAAUGGGAGUCGUUGGCGGUAGAGCGGGUGAGUAAGGGCGCGUGAAUAGUUAGUAAGAUAUGGCAUGGCAUGGCAUGGCAUAAUAUGGAAUCGUACGGUAUGUAAUUUGACCUAUGAAAAUGAAUGUGGCCAGCCGAAGUAGCAUAGGGGAGAAGGGAAGCAAUCUACAAGAGUGGCAGAGAUUAGCUCACGAAGUCACGAAGUUACGCGAAUCGUUCAAAUAUUGAGAUGAAAAUCGCAGUGCUUUUAUUUGUCCC